AUGAACGAGUACGAGAAUUAUGCCGUUGUAUCAUACUUCAUCAAUGUCGGACAGGGGGAUUCCGCCGUUCACAUUCUCAAGUCCAGACAUUCGAACCAUGUCACAGCCGCAGUCUUAAUUGACGGUGGCACGCCUCAAGCUCAUGUCGCUGUCAGUACAGCCAUAGCAAAAAUACGCAAUGAAAUUAACAACCUAUUCGGGUUCAGAUCGAUUGUGGUAACACACUGGGAUAAUGACCACUACGGCGGUGUCAUGCAAAUGUUGUAUCAGGACUGGGAAAAUCAUAGGGCGAACAAUGUGGCAAUGUCAUAUGUUGAUUGGAACGAAACGACGCUCUACUGCCCUUCGAAAGCUGCCAAAUCACUAAGUCACAACUUUCCCAACAUCAAAAUUGAGUUGGCAGAUGGAGGAAGAAACUACCUCCUAUUCUUUCGGAGCGCAAGAGUGGUCUGGGAUCCAAUCUGCCGUGUCAUUAUCGGUACAUAUGCUAUUGGCUACAAUCUGUUCACUGGGUGUCAGCACCUUGAGGAAAAUGGGCGGCUAAAUACUGUACAGCCACCUCCCGAUUUGGAAGAGUCUCUGGGCGAGGUCUAUGAACACGCACCAGAGCUUAAUGAUCGCAAAAGACCGAUAUUUCUCAUCUAUGGAGUAGACGGGAUGACCUUUAGAGACGGGUGGGCAGCGCCCGACCCCUCGUGGACCAACAGAAACCGGAAUGACAAAAACGCUUCAUCUAUCAUGGCGCUGGUGAUAUGGCCUAUACCCUUUGAAGCCGAUGACAACUGGCAGAUGCGUGUCUCACUUUACACUGGCGGGGAUGCCGAAGAAGGCCUCGAAGAGGCAAUGAUGGGCUGGUUGGGUGCGGAAGGGGGACGAUCCAUUCAUCUCGACGUCGUCAAGGCCGGCCACCACGGCUCGCACUUUUCUACCACUGAAGAGUCUUUUCUGCACAAUCUACAAUAUCUCGUCAUCUCCGCCGGACGGCAGUAUGGCCACCCAAGCUUCGCGGUGGCCUAUUGCUUCCUUGCGCUGGCGGAUCACCGUGAGUACCGGAACAUGUCGCGACCUUCGAUCCUCUGCACAAGAUACCCUUACUGGUUACGAUGGCACCCGACUAGGCUCAAGCUUAUCGACUGCAAUCCGGCAACUGUCAUGAGCUGGGGCCAAUCGGCCCUGGCCAUUCAAGCCCGGCUUAUUGGUCUUGACGGUAACUUCUUUCCAGGGUAUCUAGCGAACUGCUAUGGAGAUGCAUUGAGAGAUGCUAAAGCUUUCGCAUUGCUCAACUAUCUCCUAAACGACACUGAGGCCAAUUUUGAUAACAUUGUUAAUGCUCAUCCACAUCACCCAAUGGUCAAUACUCCUAGCCCCCCGCAUCCACGAAAUACGGAAGUUGAGUAUCGUAUGCGGGCAGUCCAUCAGAUCCAGCAGAUAAUACGGCAGCGUCAUGGCCAUGCCAUUCAGCCUGGGAUGAACUGUACUCGGGGUCUACAAUGGGUCAGAACAAUUGCCAUGGGGGAUCGCCCUAAUGUUGCAUAUGAUCCGGAGCAUAUCAUGGACCCGGCUGUUCUUCACCAUAUCAGAGAAGCAGCCCAGAUUUGGGAUAACGAUGACGACCUUGCCUGGGCAUACAUGUUUCCAGAUCAAGAGGCUGUGGCCUCCGCAGCGAAUUGGGCUUUCGAAAGAGACACCGUCGAUACAUAUGGCCUCCCCGCGACCGUCAAUAUUCAGCCAGGGUUUAUGGCUUCAAACACUACUCCGCCCGGGUUCAACUCCGUUGAGGACUGGAUCAAAUCCCUCCUCAUGAGGGGUCUAGUAGACGAAGGGCCCAAUGCCGAGUCAAGCUUUGACAAGGUGUUGUCAAAGGUGGACUCUCCAUGUGCCAGAUGGUUUGAGCACUGCUUUUCUUGCAUUGUACACCUCGGACUGAUUGGAAAACGAAAUGAGGGGAGGCCAUCGCUGACAGGGGCCAACAUUAGACUCAAGUUGAGCAAAGAUGAGGCACAGGGUCAUCUGCAAGAUUCAUCUCUGUCAUUUUCCACGGACGAAGCAGUGCGCACUCUACAAUUCGGGACUGGGGCUGGACCGUGGCAGACUCCUUUUGGGUUCCAACUCAACGUGCAGGGCGUUCUUUUUGCGUUAGAUGGUUCUUCUUCACUCACCAUAGCGCAAUUAGCCGGUCUCAUAAAUUUCCCCUUAUCUACCAACGUACUGGUUUCCAAACUGCUGGGCUCUCUCGAACUAUCAACAUACAAGCAAUCGCGUUCCGGCAUAUGGUUCAUCCCACAGUUCAACUCCCGUACCAUCAUGCGGAUUGCGAUGAGGCCCAACAACAUCAAUGCCACUGGUGAGCUGAAAUACCUCAUAAGCGACAAGCUUGGACCUAUCAAGAUCUUGGAGGCCAACGUUGUCGGAACUUGCGUCGUCGAAGACCUGGGUCCCAGUAAAUGCGAGUCGUCAUCUAAGCUAGGAUUGCAACUUGAUCUUGAGUGGGAGGGCAGCACUGAAGAUGAUCUGCCUGUUUUUGAGGGCAAAGCUUCUAUUGAGUUCUCGGAGAGUGGUUUCCAACUAAUUUUCAAGCUUGUCAGUAGCACCGGUCUCCUUGAAAAGUUAACAAGCCGUGCUCUACAACUUCUAGGCGGUUCGUCUGGCCAGUCUCUGCAUGAAUCACAAAGCCCUUCGUUCGGGGAAUAUUUGUCGCAAGCCCUGGGCGGUGAAUGUGUUUCUGUUCAUCGGAUCGCUGUCGCCUUUGACAAAGACAGGAAUCUUUCAUCUUUCGAGAUAUCAGUCGAGGUUGACGCAUCUUUCGGCAGCACCUCGCCUGUCCCUUUUCUUGCGACUAUACGUUUGAACAAAGGGUCUUUUGAAUUGUCAGCACAGACCUGGCCAAUACCUUUAUGGGGUAACCCUUCUUGUCCACUGGCAUUGCACCCUUUCUACGAGACAACUACUCUGACGUCCCCAUUUACACCUAAUCCUAUCUACAAAAUUCCACUCAAGAGUUUGCUUCGCUUGCCAAACGACGCGCAUAUACCGCCUGGUCUUCCAAAUGUGGUCACAGAUGUUCAGUUGGCCCUGGGCUACAGCCAUGGCAGAACAAGCGCCACAUUUCAUACCAUUCUCGAGUCUGAUCCCAACGUUGCUGGGCUCUUUGGUUCAGAAGACCGGGCCCUGGCACCAGCUUUGGGCUUGGAACGAGUGACUUUGGAUCUGGGCAUCAUCUUCCCACUAAAGGGUCAAGGAGGGUCAACUGACAUUACCAUUGGGCUAGAAGCCUGUUUGACACUGUCACUCCCAGCCGGGCCUAGCUUUAGCUUUCCAGAGCCACCUCAAGUACCCAUCGUCGUGCAAGUAUCUUACCGGAAGAAUGACCGGCGGCAUGAGUGGCUGGCAUCCGCAACUAUCGAGCAGUUGAGAGUGGCCCAUCUUUGUAACCUGUUUGCUCAAGAUGGCUCCAAUCAUGCGAUUCUGGACCUGAUGGGCGGAAUAUACGUGGCCCGUGCUGGUAUCGAGCAUCAAUACGACGGCGGCACGUCACUCAAGAUCGAUGGUAGCAUGCAUCUUGGCGCAGAUGAGUCCGGCCCUGCUGCGGAGCUCGAUUUCGUAUACCAACACCAAGCAAAGUCGCAGGGUUGGUUUUUCAGCGCACAUUUGGGUUUGGGUUCCAAAUCAGGCACUCUACGAGUAGUGAACCUGCUCAAAGAUAUUAUCGACGAGACCGAGCUGCCUGGCUUUCUCCGCAACUUGGCACUCCCUCUCGAUAAGCUCAAAGUCAGACUCGAAUGCAAGAAGAUUUCAGACAAAACGAACAACGCCCACGUCAUCUUUUCUCUAACCAUAUCAGUUGACAGCUUUGCUAUCACGCUUGUACAACUUCGUUCCGUGGCAUCUGCGAAUUUGAGUGCUCUCGCAAGAGCCAGCGACGAACGCGUGCUAGGCGCAGCAGAGGAUACCGGACCGGCUCAGCUACUCCGUGUCGUUAUGCCUACCAUCCGUCGUAUCCCAGACUUCCCUGUUGUAGGUACGAUAGAACAGCCCUUUGACCAGCUUGGUGUUGUGUGGACGAACCGGGAUCUGAGUGACUCGGAGGUUGGCAUUCUCAAUGACAAUAUCUUUGAGUCUGAGCCGUUGCUGAGCAAAGAUGGAGCGAUUGGCAUACCUCGUGGCAUUCACUUUCAAGUCACUAUGCAAAGCGCUGGAAAGCGAAAGUUGAUAAUCGACCAUGUCGUCAAAAGAAAUAGAAAGAGUCUGGUUCAAAGAGGUCUGAAACAGGGCGAGAACGACACAGGGAUGGCCGACGAAACACAGUCUUCAGAAAAGACAAUAGCACCAAUAUCAAGAAAGUUCGGUCCUCUAUCUAUCAACAGCAUCGGUCUAUCGAUUUCUGGCGAUUCAUUUAGCACCCUCGUAUUUUCUCUCGAUGCAACCCUCACCUUCGGACCAAUCAGUGUUAAACUCAUAGGUCUCACUCUCACUGCCGACUUGGAGGGUAUCAAAACUCUAGACAGCCUCAGAGCCCUGACGUUCAAGGCUCUGAUUGGAGGCAUGGCUCUUGAAUUCGAAAAGCCUGAUACUCGACUGUCGGGGUUGCUUAUUCCUUUCGGCAAAGACACAGACCCCGAAACAGGUUUCAUGGGUGCCAUGGCUGUCUCGGUCGCCAAGUGGUCAGUCACUGCGGCUGGUAUGUAUACGCAAAACAAGUUGAGUCACCUCAAGUCUGUCUUUGCCUUUGGCGCGCUUCGUGGGACCCUAUUUACCAUAGGUAGUGUCGAGUACAACAGCUUCACCGGUGGUUUCGGCUACAACUCGACACUGAGGCUACCAUCUGUAUCGCAAGUAGCUGAAUUCCCAUUCAUCGCGAUGAACAGCAAUAUUUCAGAACCAACAGGAUCAUUGACGUCGCACCUGGAGACACUCAGCAGCCGAGAUAAAGGUGGCUGGGUCACUACUGAGCCUGGCAGUAUGUGGUUGGCUGCCGGUGUCGGUUUCAAGGCCUUUCAGACGAUAGAUUCACAGAUUCUUGUGGCUCUUACUAUGGCCGAUGAGCCCAAAUUUGCCGUCAUCGGGCAAGCUACAGCAGUCUUUCCCAAGGGCAAGUCUUUGGACAAAGCUUUUCUUGUCCUGGAUAUUGUUAUUGCUUCGGAAAUCGACCCUACGCAUGGCACAAUCCUAGUAGCUGGAGAGCUGACGCCCAGGUCAUUCAUCCUUGACCCGUCCUGUCGGCUUACAGGAGCUUUUGGCUUCAAGAUUUUCUUAGCAGGAUCUCCGCAUCAAGGCGACUUUGUCUUUACCGUCGGUGGCUACCACAGUCAGUACGCGGUACCAUCUCAUUAUCCUGUCACCUCUUCACGUGUAGGCAUACGCUGGCAAUACGACUCCCAGAUCUAUAUCUCGGGUGAAGCCUACUUUGCCAUCACGCCACAGGUCGCCAUGGGUGGUGGCAGGAUGGACUUGGUCGUCGACAAGGGCUGGGUUCGUGUUGUCUUCAGCGCUUGGGCAGACUUCUUCAUGCACUAUCACCCCUUUAACUAUGCUCUCCAAGUUGGUAUCUCACUCUGGGCCGAGGUGAAUAUCCCUGCGUUGCUCUGCAGCAUACAUCUAGGUCCCAAAGAGUUUUCUGCCCGUCUUGACCUCCAUGGGCCUCCAAUGGCGGGACACGUCCAUCUACACUUUUGGAAGUACGAUGCCAUCAUUGCAUUCGGAGCUCAGGCAAUCCAGCCAUCACCUCUGUCAUGGGAGCAGUUUCUGAGGAUGGUUAAGAACAUGCCAGCUGAAGCUCACGAGUCUGACGCGAUUAAAUCAUCGAAUCACACAGUCAAUAUCACCAAAGGUGUUGUGCCCGUUCACAAAGACGCAAAACCAGCAACGGAUGAUAAAAGCUCAUCUGAGGUUGAGAUCCGUGCUACCCAUCUCGAGUUCCAAGUACAAGCAAGGGUCCCGAUCCUGUCACUAACUAUUGGGGCUGCACCUCGCAGUAAGAUUCAAGGCUCUGCAUCACUAUACGCACGCCCAAUGCAGGAUGCUGCGGCUAUCAUAGACUCACAUCUUACUGUGAUACUGCACCCCAAAGGUCGAAAGGAUGUUCCGGUUGAGCUGGGAGUCCAGACCAUUCUCAAACAAAAGGUCGCACCAGCUCUCUGGGGUCAAUACAAGAAAGGCAGCAAUCCAGCUUCCAUCGCCUCGGAGAGCAUGCCAGAACAUGCUUUGGCCUUGGACUUCCGAGUAGAGCCAGCAGGCCCAUCAGAAGAGGAUCUGCCAACGAUUGACAUUGUUGGGUUCAGCUCCACCAACUUGAAGGAGGGCAAAAUACCUACUGUUAAGGAGGCAAAAGAAGAGACAUUCAGGCUUGAGAGCGUACAGAGUGAAGAAAGGGGGCAUGCACACAUGCAAUGCGUUGUCAAAAUGGUACAGAAAGUAAAGAAUCGGCCAAAGUGGGCUGAAGAGCUCCUGGGGAGGUAA